UAUACUAAGGCUGAAACACCCACGAGAGGUACAAAGAUCUCAUUGUCAUGACAGGACAGUGUGUGUGGUUUGAAGGGAUACCCUUCCCGAGCAUGGGAUUCCCAUCUGAACACCUGAGAGAGGUGCAGGAGAAUUUUAUUAUUAAAGAUGAGGAUGUCUUACUGCUGACUUACCCCAAAUCAGGAACGAACUGGUUGAUGGAAACUGUCUGCCUGAUUCAUUGUAAGGGGGAUCCCAAGUGGAUCCAAUCUGUGCCCAUUGGGGAGCGCUCCCCUUGGGUAGAGGCUUUCAGGGGGUAUAAUCUACUAAAAGAUAAGGAAGGCCCACGUUUCAUCACUUCUCACCUCCCUGUCCAACUCUUCCCCAGGUCUUUCUUCAAGUCUAAGGCCAAGAUGAUCUACCUCAUCAGAAAUCCCAGAGAUGUUUUAGUGUCUGGUUAUUUUUUCUGGAGGAGUGCAAAAUUGGUUAAGAAACCACAGUCACUGGAACAAUACUUUGAAUGGUUCAUCCAAGGAAAUGUGGUAUUUGGAUCGUGGUUCGACCACACUCGGGGCUGGAUGUCCAUGAGAGACAAGGAGAACUUCCUGAUACUGAGCUAUGAAGAGAUGAAAUGGGACACGAGGAGCACUGUGGAGAAGAUCUGCCAAUUCCUGGGCAAGAAACUAGAACCAGAAGAACUGAACUCAGUCCUCAGAAACAGUUCUUUCCAGGCCAUGAAAGAAAACAAUAUGUCCAAUUCUUCCCUCCUGAAGGGUCGGUAUUUAGAAGAGAAUGGAGAACUUUUGAGAAAAGGCGUGACUGGGGACUGGAAAAAUUACUUCACAGUGGCCCAAGCUGAAACCUUUGAUAAACUAUUCCAGGAGAAGAUGGCAGACCUUCCUCAAGAUCUGUUCCCAUGGAAAUAAUGAUCAAAAACUUCUGGAUCCUAUAUGGACAAUGAUAUUUGUUCUCCUGUCCUCAUACAUGUGAAGGACUGGGAGUAACUACAUGAAACCUGUUAUCUCAUCCUGGUGUCUCAACUGAUCAAAUUUCUGCAUCUUUGAGGACCCGACUGUUAAAAUUAUCAGGGUACCCCUAAUUCACUCUGUGGUAGCCCAGCUUUCAAAAAAUGUUUAUAGUGUUUCAUUUCA